GGUUUCCUGUUCUCUUUUUAGAGACGAUAAAAUAAAGGGACUGCGUAAUUUAGAAUUUGGAGACAAACGGAAGGAUUUAGGAAAUAACCUCGUCGCUUCGUGCUAUUGGUAUUAUUAUUAUUUUUUAGGUAGCAUAACUUGCCUACUCAGUGGAUAUGCAUCGCUCCCAGCUGUAGCACUAUAUGGUGCCCUUAACUGCGCCUCGAGUUUAUGGACCCCCGCUCAAUGAUGACUAUGAGUUCAUUGUCGGACAGUCUGGUUGCUUCUGAUCCCUCCAAAUCGGCCUUUCUGGAGUUCGGACACGGCUAUCCCGGGCACCAGCAGCACUCCCCCGGCUUGUCCCACAACCACUAUCCAGUGCACGGCUUGCAUCCCGUCGGACACUCGCAGCACGAUAGCCCCUUUUCUUCCAGCGCGUCAUCUUAUGGCCGCCCGCUAGCCUACCCUUACCACAGCACGGUAAGCGCACACCACCCAAGUGCCUACCUGCCAUACCAGCACAGUAGCCACAACAACGGUCUGGGACACACGAGAAUAGAGGAAACAGAGCUUGAGAAGCCGACCACGGUGAUCGAGAAUGGAGAAAUUCGACUGAACGGAAAAGGGAAGAAGAUCCGAAAACCUCGGACCAUCUACUCAAGCUUACAACUGCAGGCGCUCAACCAGAGAUUCCAGCAAACCCAAUACCUCGCGCUACCUGAGCGAGCCGAUUUGGCGGCCAAAUUGGGACUAACUCAAACACAGGUUAAGAUAUGGUUCCAGAACAAACGCUCCAAGUACAAGAAGAUCAUGAAGCAUGGCACGGGCGGACCGGAGGGAGAGCAUCUGCACGCUGGGUCAUCCGGGUCUCCGUGUUCCCCGGGGAUGCCGCCACUUUGGGACGUUUCCAUGGCAAAUAAGGGGACGCCUGCGCACUCCGGUGGAUACAUGAACAAUUUCGGACAAUGGUACCCAAGCCAUCACCAGGAAUCUACGCCGAGAACUCAAAUGAUGUGAUAGGAUAUGGGACAAUGGGAUGGAAUUCUGUACGCUCUCCUCUUGUACAUGAACCGCGUAGCCUAUCCCUUUUAAAUAUAGCUCCAAGCCCCAACUAUCACAUUAGAGACUUUUCAUUUUUGAAAUGGCCGUUUAAAGGUCUUUUGUUUGGAUUUCAUCCGAGGUUUUUUGCCUUACAAUUUCUUGGACAAAUGACUACAUGGAUUUUGCAUGGAGGCCUAUGUGGAUCUGUAUUUUGUAUGCAGUUCAGUUCCAAAUAAAUCCUCAGUGGUCAACUA